AAUUUGAUCACAACCAGAAAGGUCAACUCCUCCCCCCUCUCAUAUAGUUUGUACUUCUCUCUGCACGUUCUCUCUUAUAUAUCUCUCUUCAUCUCUCCCUAUUUCUAUCCCCGUUUCUCACCCUUGGUUUUAUGUUGCAACUUCUGGUUUUUUUAACUUCCUCAACUCUCUCUCCCCACACACACCACACCCACCCCACCCCACCCCCCCAAAACCCAACCCCGCCCCACACUAAGAUUCUGUAUUAUAGUUUCUACUUUUUCCUCAUUCUUUUAAUCAUCUCUUUCGGUUAUAUAUAAAUCUCUCUUUUUAGAAUCAAAAGGCCCUCAUCAGGCAGCAUAAACCUAGCAGCUGCCCUCUCUGUCAUGGAGAAGUCUUGCAAUUCAUCGUUGAUCAAAGCUGUUCCUUCAAAAGAAACCUCAUACUCAUGCACAGAGGAGGAGAGUGGUUGGACUGCUUACUGAGACUUCUCGAACAACAAUAAUAAAAGAAAAGAAGAACAAGAACAAGAAGAACAAGAAGAACAAGAAGGAGGAGGAGCGCAAAGUUUUGGAUACACCUCUUCUUUGGUUUCUGAUGCUGCUUCUGGUGCUGCAUGGAAAUUAGCUUCCCACAACAAUCAAAGCAAUGCAGGCUCUAUUGGGGUACCACCCAAUAAUUUUCCCAGGAAAUUAAGCUUCAAGAAAACAAGAACCAAAAAGAUUUCUGGUGAUGAUUUGGAGGACACUGCUAGUUCUCCUGUUAAUAGUCCCAAGAUUGGUGAUUUGAGACCAGUUGAUAUAAAUCCCAGAAAGAUAGACGAUCAUCAUAUGAAUAUGAAUUCUUUGGGUAAUGAGGGGACUACUGUAGAACAUUUUGCAGAGAUAGAACAGACACAUGAUGAAAAAAGUAGUGAUUGUACGGACUUAAAGAACAAAGGGUUCUGCUUGGUUCCCAUGUCCUGGUUGGUGAACUAUAUUGGUUAAUUUCACGUUUUGCAAUGAAGAAUCUCACCUUUACCUCUCUGCUAGUUGAUGCUUCUUCCGUAACUUCCUGUAUAAAGGAAAUAUCUGUCCAUUAGUGUGUGUGUAGUGUGUAUAUAGUUCUUGUAAGAUAUGUGAUCAUUCUCUCUC